GCUAUUGCCGCUGAAAUUAAAGUCAAUUACUAUUCCGACGGCGGCUGUUCUGAUUACAUGAUUACCGUAACUCCCCCUGCCGACUGGAGUUGUUACAACUAUGACUGGACUGGCCAGAAUAGCGUGGGCGUGGCUUCGUCCACCUAUCCCAAUGGAACGCCAAUUUGCACUUACUACGUCUUCGCUGACUGUCAGGGCGCCUCCCAGACCGAGGGUGGUAUCCAUAACAAUUGUGCCUCAAACUGGGGCCAUGGUUUCCUCUCCAUGAGCUGCGGC